CAAAUGAUAAAAUAGGAACUUGAGAAAAUCGGAAAUAAUGCUGUUGAAAAAAUCAAUAGCAUAAAGAUUAAAAUGGAGACUAUCAAAAAAGAAAUGGAAUCCACUCUUCAAACCACUGCGUAUUUUGGAUCUUUACUCUCGGUUCAGACAACAAAGGGUCUAUUUGUCGACGAGUUGCUGGAUGCAGAAGUCCAUAAAGAUUUUACAGAGUUCAAUUUAUCAUCGCUACAUAGAACAACCUACAUGUCAAAAAACAAGAAAAUUCUCAGCAAUAUCAACUUUCCAUUAGCUGUAUCAGGAUCAGGGGAAGGAACCCUACAGAGGUACGAAGGAGCUAAAGUUGAUAAAAUAAAUAUCGGAGUUAGACGAAUUCAGAAUGAAAUUUAUCGUGCGGUACGAUAUCAAAAAGACUUGCAGAGGAUCUGAAUUUAUAUUUGAUGUGACAUUCUGUGAUGAAGAAUUUGAUAUGUUUUAUUACGGAGGCUAUUUACCGCAUUGUUUAAGUAUGUUUGCCACAUGUGAUACAAAAUUAGUGUACCUGAAGUUUGAAAAUCAACAGUUGUUAAAAGAAAAUAUAUUAAUUAUCUCCAUGGUCUGAGGAAAGUACGUUCACUUUUGGAUUUGAAGUCAUCGUUAGUGGAGUAUACGGUUAUGUAACCUUUAAUGAUCUACUGAGUGGAAGGGAACUUUAUACUUUCAACUCAGUUAAUUUCUCGGUGCCAUUGAGUUCAAUGUUUGGUGUCUUUAACCCUGAGAUUUCUGAAUGUAUGAUGUUGUUGAUUUAGUAUUAGGCAUAAAUGG